AUGGAUUCGCUUGAGAUAAGUGAGCAGAACGCCGAGCACAAUCCGCAUAAAAUAGCCUCGAGCCAAGCAUCGCCAUACACUUACACAACUCCCAGUGAAGAUCAAGUCCUCAUACCAGGGAAGUUCUUCCUUAAUCCUGAGCUAGAUACCUUGGAGAUUGAUGGAUGGCCCCUGCUCGCAAACUUUGCGAGUGACGUUUGGGAUUAUGACCCGUGUAAAGUAGACUUAUGCCACGUAGCCUUCUUACGGUGUUACUUCUUUUUCUCCUUCAGGUCUCGUCCCCUUCCUGAUUCCGCUCGUUCAGAAGAAGAGAUGCGUCAAGUCGUGGCUCGGCUUCGAAGCGUCACAUUUAUACACUACGUUGAUGUGGACAAAGUAUCCCACCAAUGUCCCACUGGAAACCAAUGUCUUUUGCAUUAUCGCUGUUCGCUUCCUCUCGCAGGGGCUACCGGCAAUUUCUCACGCCAGCAGGAUCCACGACUCAUUGGGCGCGAAGUAUUUAAGAAUAUCUAUUUCAAAACUCCCCACAGCUCCGAUCUCGGACGGCAGUAUAGAAAAUGGAUGGAACUGUUGGAUGAAUUGGGAGUAACAGCGCCAUGUGUCUACAAAAUUGCUUACACCACUAUUCAAAUCAAGCCGUCAAUCGCCUAUGAGUCUGACGUUGUUGCCCAUUUGAAGUAUGAAAGCAAAAGACGGAAAACAUGUGCUCAAACAUGGGAAGAGUCUUGGCAAGAACCGGUCUGGAUGCAUCUUGAGGAGGCCACUGGGCAGCUCCAGGGAGCAGUUGAAACUGCAAUAGGAUUUUGGACAUUCCCCAUCGAGUCUCUUGGCCAAUUCAGGCCAGCCCAAGACCGCACAGAACGUCCGGUUGAGCACUUUUAUGACCUCUCUGCUAUCCAACCCGAGCUGUGUCUGUUCGAGCUAUAUCCUUCACGCCUCAGAACUUAUAUAGGGCAUUAG